AUGACCAGUCUCUUUGGAAUGUGCUCAUUUAGUUCUCGUGUUGUAUGGACCUUUCCUCUUCUUGUAUUGAUUCUUUUUAGUUGUCUCUCGGUGAAUGCUAAUGACAAGGUGGAUUUGUCCCGAGUGGUUCUCACCCUUUCAGAUCGAUCCUUUGGAGGUUGUUAUUACUUGGACAAGCUCAACAUUACUGUUGAACUCUAUGGAACCGAUAACCAAUUGUGGUCAAAUUCAAGUACUGUUUCCAAUGUCAAGCUUGAAAUCUUUGCUCCUCAAGUGCCUCCUGUCAAUGGUCAAAUCCUUUGGACCAAAACUUGGAAUGGUACUUUAAGUGGGGGUAGAGUUAAAGAAUUAGUGGAUCCCUUUUCUCUUUCUAACACGACAUGGUUCGGUAAUUAUUCAAUCAAGGCAACAGCCACGAAUCGGUAUGGCAAUGAAACGAAGGUUGGAUGGCAAUGGUUUGUCAUAUUUAGUGAUGCCAUGUCAGUGUGGAAGCAUCAAGGCAUGGGAAUGAUGGUUGGAAUGGUCUUAUCGGUAACCACAUUGUUAUUGCUGUUCUAA